GGCCGAUCACGCACCGCCGCCUGCUCAUCUGCGCGGCGCGAGGCUCGAGCAGCCCAAAAAGAUAGCCCAGGCCAAGCAACAGAUAGAUUUUUUUUUUCCUACCAAGCUUGUACUCCCGGGUAGCUUGCAUUGGCAGCUAGCAGCUCUGCGCUACCAUGGCAGUGCGAGUGCUUCCUCCUCCAGUGCUCCUGCUAGCUCUGCUGCUGGCGCUGGUUGCUUCGGUCGCCCAUGGCGGCGACGGCAAGCUCAAGGUUGGGUUCUACAAGGAUUCGUGCCCGGACGCCGAGGCGAUCGUCCGCAGGAUCGUCGCCAAGGCCGUCCGCAAGGAUCCCACGGCCAACGCGCCGCUGCUGAGGCUCCACUUCCACGACUGCUUCGUCAGGGGCUGCGAGGGGUCGGUGCUCCUCAACUCCACCAAGGGGAACGCGGCGGAGAAGGACGCCAAGCCCAACCACACGCUGGACGCUUUCGACGUCAUCGACGACAUCAAGGCGGCGCUGGAGAAGGAGUGCCCCGGCAAAGUUUCCUGCGCCGACAUCCUCGCCAUCGCCGCCAGGGACGCCGUCUCGCUGGCUACGAAGGUGGUGACCAAGGGGGAGUGGAGCAAGGACGGCAACCUGUACGAGGUGGAGACCGGCAGGCAGGACGGCCGCGUCUCCAGCGCCAAGGAGGCCGUCAAGAACUUGCCCGACUCCUUCGAUGGAAUCCGGAAGCUCAUCAAGCGGUUUGCAUCCAAGAACCUCAGCCUCAAGGAUCUGGCCGUUCUGUCAGGUGCCCACGCGAUCGGCAAGUCGCACUGCCCGUCGAUCGCCAAGCGGCUGCGCAACUUCACGGCGCACCACGACAGCGACCCGACCCUGGACGGGGCGUACGCCGACCGGCUGCGGCGGCGGUGCCGGAGCCCCGGGGACAGGACGACGGAGCUGGAGAUGGUGCCGGGGAGCUCGGAGACCUUCGACGCGGCGUACUACGGCCUGGUCGCCAAGCGGCGGGGCCUCUUCCACUCCGACGAGGCCCUGCUCAGGAACGACGUCACCCGGGGGCUCGUGCUCCGGUACAGGGACUCGGAGAAGGCCUUCCUCAGGGACUUCGGGGAGUCCAUGGUGAACAUGGGCAGGGUGGCCGUGCUCGCCGGCAGCCAGGGGGAGAUCAGGAAGAGAUGCGCCUUCGUCAACUAGCUACCUAGUUAAGCUACUAAGCUAGUUGCAUGCCGCGGUGUCGUUAAUUUGCCUGUGUGUUGGUGUUUUGUAGUUUCGAAAAUCUUCCGUUUUAUACAGAUUUAGGGAUGAUUGUUUAGGUUCUAUGAUGAUUGUGAACGUUUGGGUUGAUGUCAUUUGUAAGUUGUGACUGUAACUUUGGUGGAAUGUGAUAACAUGUUCCAUAUUGUGGACACAAGCAGAUGACUAGCUUUGACUCUUCAGCUUUGCAA